AUGGAUAAGACAUCUGUCACAAUUGCCAGUGCAGUAAAUACAUUAUCCGAUGUAGCUGCUCUUCGUCGUCAGUUGGAUGCCAUAGAACGUAAUGAAAAAAAUAAUAUUAGUGGAAAUAUUUCUCUAGAAAAUAUAAAGAAACAAUGUGAUGUAUUACAAAAAGAAACUGUUGCAAAAUUAUCGGCUACUACACAACAACAAGUUGAAGCUCAAGAUCAUUUACAUUUUGUUGUUAAACGUACAAAAGAAAUUAAUGAACUUAUUAAAUCACUUAAUGAUGCUGAAUCAGUUGAUGUUUGCUUUUUAAUGGAUUGUACGAAUAGUAUGCAAAAAUAUAUUCAAGAAGUUAAAGAUCGUAUAUUUGAAACAGUGAAAUUAUUAAAAUCACGUUUCUCAUUUUUUAAUAUACGUUUAGCAUUUGUUGGUUAUCGAGAUUUCAAUUUAACUCCAGACAAACAAUUUAGUAUAUUAGAUUUUACAGAUGAAAAAGAAUUUUAUUCAUUUGUUUCAACAGUUAAAUGUGAAUAUGGUGGCGAUGUUUGUGAAGAUGUUCUUGGUGGUUUACAAAAAACAAUAGGCCUUAGUUGGAAACAAGCUGUUCGGAUUUUAAUACAUGUUAGUGAUUGUCCAUCACAUGGUCGCCGAUAUCAUAAUUUACCUGAAGAUCAAGAUUUUUAUUUAAGUCACGAUGCUGAUGGAUCAAUUGGAACUAAUUGUAUUCAACAGUUAGUUGAAUUACGAGUAAGAUAUUUCUUUGGACGUUUAACAAAUCUUACCGAUAAAAUGAUUCAACAAUUUGCUAAAUCUACAUCAGAUAAAACGGCAAUACAACAAUUUCAUCUUGAAAAAUUUCAAAAUUUAUUACCAUUUAUUUUUGAUAGUGUAACACGAUCGAUUUCAAAGAAAACAUCAUCAAUAAUGAAAACUUAUGCUGUAAACAGUGAAAAUCCUCUUAGUACAGAAAGUUUAGCAAAAAAUAGUGUUCGUCGUAGUAUAGUUUUUGAUGGAAAAGAACCAACAUGGACACGUAUACAACCUAAACAAGUACAAGUUGUUAAAUAUGAAUGUAAUUCUGAUUUAAAUUGUGAAGAAAUGAUGCAAUCAAAAAAUAUUAAAAUUGCUGAUAGUCCAUUUGCAGAAGGUGCACUACGUUUAGCAUAUUAUGGUUUAUUACAAUAUAAAGAUAUAUGGGGAAAAGUUGUUUUUAAAGAAUAUAAAGGCGUUACAGGUGGUGAUAAUACAAAAGAAAUGUAUUUAGAAAUGUUAGAUUGUCAAACAGUUGCUGAUUAUCUUGCUCAAGAAUUUAAUAAAGUAUCACCAGCUACUAAUUCAACAGCUAUGAUCAAAAAAAUUAAAUUCAUAAUGACAAAAUUAGUUUUUGUUCCACAAGGUAACGAAGGUAAAUUUCGUUAUUAUACAAUGGAAAGAUUCAUCGAAGGUGCAUAUAAGAAAUUUUCGAAUAACAUUGGAUAUGUUAAUCAUCAAGAUCCAGCAUUAACUUUACAAGCAUUUUCACAUUGGACAUAUGAACGUACAAAUGGUGAAAUGAUCGUUGUUGAUUUACAAGGUAUUGACAUUGGUGAUCAUCAAACAUAUUUAUUAACUGAUCCAUGUAUACAUGCAACUGAUCUUAAACGAUUUGGUCGAACAAAUCUUGGUAAAGCUGGUAUAAAAAGAUUUUUUCAAACACAUGUGUGUAAUAUCAUUUGUCAAACAUUCAAACUUAAACGAAAUGAACAUCAGCCAGACAGAGCAUCAUCGAAAUGUGAUUCUUACAUUUGUGAAAAACCAAAUAGUAGUAUGGCUACUGAAGCUUCCAAGAAAUAA